AUGGCGGCGGUAUCCGAGAGCUGCUGUCGCGAUCUCCUCGUCGUAGGCCCCGGAGUUCUCGGCAGUCUCGUGUGCCAACGAUGGCUCAAGACGUUCCCCGCGGCGACGGUGAUCGGCCAGACGAACACGGACGCGUCGCACGAGCGGUUGGUCGCCCUCGGAAUCUCGCCGCGUUUGAAAGCGGACGCGGGGGAGUCUCGCCGAUUCCCGUUCGUCGUCUUCAGCGCGCCGCCGUCCGGAAGCGACGACUACACCGCCGAGGUCGAAGCCGCGCUGAAGCUGUGGGACGGCACCGGUGGAUUCGUGUUCACGAGCAGCACCGCGGUGUACGCGGGUAAAGACGGCGAGGACUGCGACGAGACCACGGCGCAGUUCCAAAUCGGUGAGUCCCCGAGGGCGGACAAGUUGCUGAACGCGGAAGCCGCGGUUCUGGGCGCCGGCGGGUGCGUCGUGCGCCUGUCCGGUCUGUAUCACUCCCAACGCGGGGCACACAUGUACUUUUUGAAGACCCCGACGUUGGCGUCCAGACCCGACGCGCUGGUGAACCUCGUGCACUACGAAGACGCCGCGGCCGCUUGCGUGCGCGCGUUAUCCGCGCAGCUCGAGGGCAGCUCGGAGGGUGGCGAGAUAUUCCUCGCCACGGACGGCGUGCCCGUUACGCGAGAGAAGAUGGUCGAGGCGUGUCUGGCGUGCCCCGACGCGUACGACGACGGAGCGAUGCCGGAGUUUAGCGUGAGCGACGGGCCGCUCGGGAAGAGCAUGACGAAUCCGCAAACGCGCGAGAAGCUCGGCUGGGAGCCGGUGUAUCCGAGCUUCGUCGAGUUCGUCGCUGCGGGCGCGAAAGACUCGUUCUAUCCUCCGAAGAAGAAGAACACGUGGAGUUAG